AUGUCGGCUGCUGACGAUGGCAUUGCGGACUUUUGGGCCUGGUGCACCCAAAGUGGCGUAGUGAGCAAGAAGCUGUCUGUGCGAAGGGGCGUGCACGAAGCCGUGCCGCAGUUGUCACUCCACAUGGGCGAAGCAGUGCGCGCCGGCGCCGUAGUGGUCUCCGUGCCGUACCUCGCUACGCUCAACGCACAGACCAUCAGGGGGGGCAUGCGGCCGGCUGCUGUGCCUUCUUUCCGUGCGACAUGCGCCUUCUUGACGCGGCGUCAGCGGAUGGACGUUGCCACGGCAAAUUCCUUGUGGCUGGCGAGCUGCUUGGCGUGCUACAGGCGGCUCCUUGCCCAGGGCCAUGCUAUGAGUAUUGCACCACUGCUCUCGCCAGCGCUAAUGCCAGCCUUGCCUUCCCCAUUUGUGGCUGCACACGCCGGAUUUUAUCCUGCCAUUGCCGCCGCCUUGCCGAGCGGGCAAGACGACGCGGUGGUGGCGUCAUUUCUCUCGACACUGGGGGCGCAAGCUGAGGCUCAACUGCAGCUCACGCACGCUGCGCUUCAAUUUUACCAACACCGGCGGAUGUCACGUGUCUCGCCGCGGCUCGUGCCUACCCUUGACGAGCUUCGCAUGGCACACCGUGCAGUGCUGCAGCGUGGUGUGCUCUUGCCUUUCGACUGCGUUCCAUCGUCGCCAGGCGAUUUGGCAGACUUGUUUGAGGAGCGGCCGGAUCUUGAUCUCCUGCCAACGUUUGUCCCACUCAUCGAUAUUAUUCGGAGCCCCACUGCAUUGCAAACACCAAAGGGUGAAAAAGUGGGCGACAACACUGCAGCAAAUUGUACUCUGCACACUUGCACCCAGGCCAAUUUUAUCUCGUUGGGGAGUCGACGGCGCGUAGUUGUUGAGACUGCGCCGUUGUCUAGCCGUCGUAUUGUGGUGUGUGCCGCGAGCGAUCUAAAAGAGGGUGAGGAAUUGCUGCUGGACUACGGGCCGGGUUGA